UCCACCACCCCGCCUGCAUUUCCGACUCCCACUUCCACCAGCUGACAACUACCAGAUAUGCCACCAGAGAGGUCGCGGAGAGGCGAUCGCCGACGGUGCCUCCGGGCCUGCGAGACGUGCAAGCGACGCAAGGAACGCUGCGAUGGCCGCCAACCCUGCCAGCGCUGCAUGGCCAGGGGCGUCGACUCGGACUGCAAGAUCAUAGCCCCGACAGACUCGCUGGUUUCAAGCCCAGAAUUCAGCCUGGACAAUACAAUAGACCAGUGUGCUCGUCCAUUCCCCCAGCUGCCGGCAUUGGCACAGGACGAGCGCGGCACUUACAUGUACAUUGGAGACGCCGCGACCUUGUCGUUCCUGCACAAUGCCCGGCGCAUUGUGCAUUCUGUGCUGGCUUAUGAUUUCAUGGAUUAUUCUUUGCAGAAGAAUGAAGUUCAUCAGCGAAAUUUUAAUGAUGGUCCAGCUGCCCCCAGUCCUGCAAAGCCGACGCCGCAGGACGCAGACUACCUCAUACAUUGGUUCAACCUGGCGACGAACUGUCUUCUCAAUCUCAUCGACCAGCAGGAACUCACUCGAGGUCUGAAUGACUGGUGCCAAUGUCUACAAGAUUCAGACUCAGGUUCAAGUGCGAUGUACUAUCUGGUUCUUGCCCUCGGGGCCCAGUCGUGCCCUGAGGACAGAGACGAGACGGCAGAGAGAUACUUCAACCACGGCCGGUAUAUCACCUUGACGACAUUCAUGGAAGAUCCCACCAUUAUAACCAUCCAAUGCCACGUCCUCAUCACCAUGUACCUCCUCGCAGGAUCACGCAGGAACUCGGCAUUCAUGUAUCUCGGCACUGCAGUCCGGGCAGCCUACGCUCUUGGCCUGCACAAACAAGACGUCUCAGCACUCUACUCUCCAUCUGAAUAUUGCACACGCGAACGUCUCUGGCGCGCAAUUCGAAUCCUCGAUCUAUUCACGAGCGCCUCCCUCGGCCGACCCCCGUCCACGACCGAAACCCGCGACACAACAGCGCAAGACAAUUACUCCGCCUCGAACGACCUCUGCUUCAUCUUCGAAACCAUCCUAACCCAGAUCUACGCAAAGCGCACCGUCACGAAAGAGGCCUUGGCCUGGAUCACCCAUCUCCACCGCGGCUGGACCUCCCGCUUCCCCGAGGGCCUCAAGACAGACGGCAUCCCAGACUCGGAAUCCCUCGAGACAGACCGCGGCCGCGUCCCGAAUCUCGGCCUCAUCCAGCUGAAAGAGGCCUACUAUUGGACUGUCAUGCUCCUCACGCAGCCUGUCCUCAUUGAUAAAUUCUCACAUACAGCACCAACAUCAGCGUCAAACAUCCUCGCCACCGCCUGCAUCGACUCCGCAAUCCGCACAAGCACCCUCCUAACCACCCUCUCAAACCCAACCCUGCACAUUCCCAAACGCCUCCCCCUAAUCACCAACUCGGCAUUCCUCUCCGCGCUCGUCCUCGGCCUCGCCAUCUUUGCCGACAUGGACAACACCCUGCCUCUACACGACAGCCUGCAAAACGCGCGCUGCGUCCUGGCUAGAUUCGCGCCCCACGACGCCGCGACGAAGAACCACCUCGCUAUCGUGGAUAGUUUCAGGGAUGCCUGUCAUAGAUACGUGGAGGUUCGCGCGCGGCGCGAGCUGAAUCACCAGGGUCGUUUGGUUGCGGGGGUUUUUGGGAGUUUGGAUACUAACCCUUGUAGCAGUAGCAGUACUACGCAUGGCCAUCACCAUCGACCGGGCCAGAACCAGGACAGGACUUCUCUAAUUGAUAACGACAUAGCUCUACCAUCGAUAAACAUUAGCGACGGCACUCCUUUCCAAAGCGACAUCGAGGCCGCAUUUUUUAACGUCCCGAGUCCCCCGGGUUAUAGUCAUAGUUGUACAGAUAUAGACGCGAGUGGCACGUUUGAUAGUGAGAUUGCACCAUUAUCACCAAAAACACUGCAGACGCUGGAUUGCUACGGGUAUGAUGUGGGUGUGGGUGUGGGUGUGGAUACAGAGUGGCCGCUUGUCUCGGCUGUUGAUGCGAGUGCUUGAUAGUAUGAUAUAUAAACUUAUUCUGGAUGGGUAUCGUACUAUUUAAUGAUAUUUUGGACUAGACUGGACUUUGUUGGGAAGAGUUUAAAUUAGCCCUAAUUACACAUUACUUACUACUGCUUGGACAAGAGAGACAAGCCCGAGUCGGAAUAUCGGUAUUUUUAUUUGCAUUAGCAGGGAAUAUAGGGGAGCGCCUGAAGCUUGUGGGACAAAUGCAUGAAUGUACAAGGUGAUGCGGAUGAUGUUUAUGACGAGGAACCGGUUCUUAGGCUGCUGGUUGUGAAGAAAUAUGGAAGCCUGUGCUAAUGGUAGCGUAGCGGAGCUCUCAUAACAC